AUGAUAUUAUGUGAAAGUAGGAGAAGAUAAAGAAGGAAUGGAGUUCAUGCUGAAAAUGAGCAAGAAUACCUUUAAGUUUAAUAUAAGUUAUGAUUAUCCUAUAGAAAUUGGCCAAAGAAGACCAAAGUCGAUAAAUGUCUUUGGAACACUAGUAGCCUUUCCAAUAACUUGAAGGAUUCAUUAUAAACUAAGAUUUUUCAUUUGAUCCAUUUCAUCCCGAGCCCAUCAUUCUUCUUGAAAAGAUCACUAUAUAUAAAUCUCACUUUCUAUUGUUGAUUUGUGAAGAUUUUUCUAUGAAUAUAAAAAGGUUGUAGUCUAUUUUAGAUUCCUGUAAGUUUAAUAUGAUUAAAUUUAGCAGAAAUGUUAGAUAAUCUCACUGAGAGCACUACAGAAGAGUAAACAUACUCAGGCUAAUUAGUUUUUAAAUAAGAUUGCUAUGUUCACACUCUUACUUUUGGAAAUAUAAUUCAUAAAUUCCACAUAUGGAUACUCAACCACUUAAACCCUUUAGAAAUUUUUAGAGGUGUUUAUUAUGUUUAAUUUAGAAUUAUACUAUCCUUUAUUCAAUGCAUUCAUCAUUGUUACUAAUGAAGGACACAGCAGCAAAUAAAAUUUAUUUUAGGCAGAAUUUACAAGAAUGCGGUCAUUUAAUUAAGCAGUUAAAUGUCAUACUAUUUCCGAUUCCGAUGAUGUAAUUAUUAAUUUUAUUAAAGUUAUUAUUGGAAAAAUAAAAUAGUUUAUUAAGCAUAUUAAAAUCUUUAAUGGAAUGAUCAGAUAAUUUAUUUUACUUAUAC